GGGGGAACUGAGUGUGUGUGUGGCGGGGAAAGAGGGAGGCGUGAGGCGGAGGCAGGUCCCGCUCUCAAACUGAGAUACAAGCCCAUCUCACGAGCCUCCUCGGCUUCGUUUCGAGCCACACGCGCGCUCGCGCCUCGCACGUGAAGCCGCGGCGGUUUCGCGGCGAGCCCGUGGCCAUCAUCAUCAUGCAGUCUUGCGGAAUCGUCGCCCCGGUCGCGCUCUUGCUGCUGGGAAUUGUGGGCAUUCUUUUGCUCGUCAUUCCAACACUGGACAUGAAGGAACAGCCGGAGUUCUCGUAUGGCAUCGUCCUGGAUGCAGGUUCUUCGCACACGGCGAUGUACGUCUACAAGUGGCCCUCAGACAAGCAGAAUGGCACAGGAAUCGUUACCCAGCACAGCGAGUGUCAUGUAGACGGAGGUGGCAUCUCCAGCUAUGCAGGAACUCCAGAUGGUGCUGGGGCCAGUCUGGAGACGUGCAUGAAACAGGCUGUUCGAGACAUUCCGAAGUACCGGCACCAUCUUACUCCCAUUUACCUGGGAGCUACCGCAGGCAUGAGGCUGCUAAAUAUGACGAGUCCAAGUGAGUCGGACAAGAUCCUGCAAUAUGUGAAGGACAAAAUUCGCUCGUAUCCGUUUAGCUUUCGUGGAGCAGCCAUCUUGACCGGACAGGAGGAGGGGACUUACGGCUGGGUCACGGUCAACUAUCUACUGGAGAACUUCAUCAAGUAUGACUUUGUAGGGCGCUGGCUGAGUCCAGGCAAGAAGACGGUCGGUGCCCUGGAUUUUGGAGGGGCCUCCACUCAGAUUUCUUUUGUGACCGAAGAUGCGGUGGAGGAUAAAAAAAACAAGAUGAUUCUGCGUUUAUAUAGUCGGAACUAUACCCUGUACACGCAGAGCUUCCUCUGCUAUGGCCGAGACCAGAUGCUGCGCCGCCUUUUGGCUUUUUUGAUGAAGGUGCUAGUGCCUUCCUCUCUUCCGUCUUCUCCCAUGCAGUCUCAAGAGUAUCGCAGCUCCAUAUUUCACCCCUGCUAUCCAGCAGGGCACAAUGUCUCUAUCACCUUGGACAAAGUGUUUGAGUCCCCAUGCACGCUGAAGGAGAAGCCUAACCCCUACAACCCUCACGCAGCUGUAAUAGUGAUGGGCACUGGUCACUACCAGCACUGUCUAGGCAACGUGAGCUCCAUCUUCUCCUUCAGCAGUUGCAGCUUCUCCAAGUGCUCCUUUGAUGGUGUCUUCCAGCCGAAGGCGACGGGCAGCUUUAUGGCAUUCUCUGCCUUCUACUAUACUCACUACUUUUUGCAGCGCACCACAGGCAUCACAGCUGCAUCUCCCUCCCUCCUGGAGGGGGCAUCCCGUGCCGUCUGCAACAUGACCUUUGAUGAGAUGCUGAAGAAGGCCCCGGACCAGGAAAAGCGCUUGCAGGACUACUGUACAGCCUCUGUCUUUCUCCAGGUGCUGAUGGUGCGUGGCUAUGGGUUUGACGAGUUCUCUUUCCCGCAGGUCUCCUUCCAAAGAAAGGUGGGGGACACCUCCAUAGGCUGGGCACUGGGCUACAUGCUAAGCCUGAGUAGCCUGCUGCCAGGGGAGAGCGUAGCACUCAGGAAGGCGCUGCGGCCGGAGGCCUGGGUUUGCCUCCUCUUUAUCUUCGCCCUACUGCUCCUCAUAAUGGUGAUGUACCUGCUGUCACAGACCUGCCGCAGGAAAAAGGGCAGCAGCAAUGUCAUCUAGGGGCCAAAACAGCUCAUUCCUUCAUGCUGAGCUGCUGAUGUUAGUGUUCAGCAUGUCACAGUUCUUAACCAAGUCCAGCACUGACUGCCUAAUGAAGAUUCUGAUCCAGGAGACCCGUCACGUCCCUUUUGUUUGUUUUUUUUUUCCCUAGCUCAUGGCUGUUAUUAACCUCAUGAAAACAGAAACCUUUAUCAGGAUGGUGAAUAACUUCAGGGAGUCUUUCUAUAAUGACACAACUCCGCUCUACCGCUCUGCUUCACUCUCCUGGGCUCAUGUUUACUAAGGUUCACGUGUUUACUAAGUGCGUGCUCUGAAUAACACAGCUGUUCAAUGCCUACACACACAUACAGCAUGUGUUUGCAUAUACAUUUCUGAUCAAUCUGUUUGUAACCAUCCAUUUUUGUGUCAUAGUUCAAAUCACUCUCAGUAAGUGACUAUUUUGAUCAGAAAAAUUAUCAAAAUUAUCUUGCAAUAAGGUCUCACACUGUUAUCAAUGGCUUUCAUAAGUCUUUAAACGUUUUGGCAAGUUUACAUUUUCUGCAUCCUUGGCAAUAUUUUGUGGUUUGCUACCAAAAUCCCAGUGUCAAUGUAAGAUACAAGGUACUAUGAGUCUGUUUUUAGUAAAUACUGGAUCCUCACACUGGUUUUUGUAUUUGACUCUGUUUUUAAUAGUUUCGUUUAGUUUAAUCCUGUCUAAUGCCUUGUCCUGCAUGGUGUUAUCUACAUUUAGGAUGACAUUGUCAUUGGUACCGUGUAACCUUGAAGGUAUUCUCUAUUACUAUAACCCUGUCAUUUCACAAUGCCUUGGAAGUUAAGUUUUCUAAUAUCUAACAUUUUGGCACACAUUAUUAUUGUUUACGUGUAGAUCGGUUAUGUUUACAGUUGUAAUGUUAUCAUAGGUGCUGACUGUUUACUAGAAAAACAGUAUAAUCAGCAGUAACGCAUUAUGCAUGUUACGUCGACUGUAACCCAUAAGGGAUGCAGAAAAGUUGAGAGACAAGAGUGAGAUUUGGGAUACCACAGUAUUUCAAGCAUCACCUUUAUUUUGUUUUUGACAGUUUUUGGGGAAAUGCCGUUUAGUUUGAGACAAGUUGUGUUUGUGUCAUUCUUUUCUUCUCUUAACUGCUGGUGUAUU